AUGGGUCGGCAGAAGCAGAACCGCCAUAAAGAGAGGCAGCAACCUUUGGGUGUUGAUCUCAUGGCAGCUCUCUUUGGCACCCCGACUCGAGAAAGCAUCCGGCGUCAAGAGCAACAGCAAGCCCAAUCACCAUUCUACGACUCUGAUGAAUACCUUGAGAACAGCGAAAGCGACGAAGAAUCAUCUACCGAAGACGAUUCCGUGGCCUGGUCUGAAGAUAUUGAAAGCGAUCAAGAAAGCGACAGACCCAGGACUAGCCGACUGGAACAGAAGUCCUCUUCCAAGAAAAAAACAAGAAGCCGAUCAACAACGCGUCCCAAGUCUUCAGAGAAAUCGAGAGCCAAGAUGAUUUCCCCUGAAAAGUCAUCUCGAGCCUCAAGAGAGCGGGCUUCGGUCUCGCCCAAGAGGAGCACUUCUGCCCGGACCGUUCAUCGUUCGCCCAGCAAAAAGCACAAGAACCGAAAACACAAGAAGGUUGAUUCGCCACCUCCAGCCAAAACUCCUUCUUACCACCUGCCGCAAGGGCAGCAAGUAGCGUCAAGCCGGGGGACGUCGCCUCCAAGCGUCCCCCAUCCAGUUCCGCAAGCUGUCCCCGGCUACCCGCCAGUAUACACCACAACGCCAUUCCCAGUUCUUCAGCCCAUCCAAGGCUUUCAACACCUACAACCUACUCAGAUUGCUCCAGAGACUCAGAAUAUACUUGCUCCGCUGUCUCAGCCACCUCCAAUUUUUGCACAGCCGGCGCAACAUCAAGCCGCGCCUAUUUUGACAUAUCCCCAAGCCCCGUUGGCCCCUGUUGGAAUUCCUGCUUGUUCUUCUAGUAACAGUAUCUCUCAAAAGCUGUCCAUCCUUCAGUCUGAAAUCGACCAGAAGGAGAAAGAAGUGGCCGCUCGGCCCCAUGAUGUUGUUUUGAACUAUCAACUGCACACUCUUCGCCAUGAAAUCAACAAAACUCUCAAUGAGGCCAUGACAUCUCCCUCACAGGCAACAUGCUCGCCUUGUUCACACAAACAUUCCACUGCCUCGUUUGAGGGCGAAGAUGGCCCGUCGAAGUUUACCACCCCGGUCAAAAACAAGACCUCUCGGGCCCGUACGAAAUCAAACCAGCAUGAGGGACGCGCCCAAAGCGAGGCGCUUUGUUCAGAGGCAGUGCUCAUGGGACAACGGGCAGAGAGCCCUGAGCCAAGUGUCAAGUACCACGUUUGCUUCGGUUGCGGUUCAGUUCGAUCAGCCAAGUACCAUGACAGCCACCCGGUAGACCCUGGACAGGGUCCUAUCAGAAACAUAUGCUCCAAUUGCCGAGAUGCCAUGAUGGAGAGAGGCGUGAUUGGCAGCCGGCACAUCUGUUUUGGGUGUGGCAUAGUUCGGUCGAAGCGCUUUCACAAGGCUCAUCCUGUGAAAAAGGGAGAGGCUCUACUUCCGAAUUACUGUGCGACAUGCGUGAGUGAGAUGCGCACUUCUGAGACAACGGUUGAUUGCUCCGUCGUCGGAGAAUAUGGCCACGUUCUGCGUUCGAAUGAAAUUGGAUCGGCUUCAAAGAAUUACCUCGAUCAGAGUCGCCAGGAGAUUGCAUCUUCCAACAAAGGGAAGGGCGUUGCAGACUCGGUGGUCUUUUCUAAAGAAUCGAAGAGGAAGUCUCCACGUGAACAUCGAGUACGGGAAGGCUCGAAGUCAAAGGAAAAGCUGGCUCGUCCCAAGGCGAACGUCUCAGAAACCUCUAACAAGGAUUCUAUGCGAAGAAAGAUGAAAUAUAGCCCACCUCGCGUUGAAGACCUUACAUCCAACCUCAGUAUUGAGCAAAAACUGUUCCGUCAAGGUACCGAGAGUGCUUUCUACCCAAAUCCGAUUGGUAAAUCGAGUGCUGGAGGGUAUUCAUACGAUGGGCCUGGAAAUCUUGCAUUCUCGGGUUUGGAACCUGCCAAUGACGCUCCAAGGCGGGACAUUCCUGAGGAUGAACAAGUCUUGAAUGGCAGCAACCGCUCAUCAUUCAGGAACCACAUGAAUUAUCAUUCAUGGGGUAACUUGGACCCAAACCUACAUGGACCUGAAGAUGGUACUUCCUUCGCUAGAUCCAACGCUGAGGGUUUUGAGUCGGGUUCUUCACCAACGUCUGCAGCAUCACCUGCCACUUACCAUAGCAGUUCCCAGGAUCAUCGAUCCCCCAAGACGGAACACAUACUGCCCAGGACUACUGGCGGUGCAUUCAGUGCUGAUGCUGGGUUCGAUCCGACUUCGUGGAACUUUUCAGCUACUUCUUCUUGGGCAACAAAGGGAACACCCAAGUCCGAAAGCCACAACCCAUCGCCAAAUCGUGAUUUCCGGCCCGAUGACCAGUCCAGAAAGGAGGAGUCUUCUGGGAGAGACUACCAUAAAUCUGAGAAGGCAGAUGGAUCCCCACGAACGCCACAGAUCCCCCGAAGUCCAUUCCUUCGAGAGCCAAACAACUUUGGACCAGCCCCAGGGGACCAGACAUCGCCACCAUUUUCUACCAACACUCCUGGCGGCCACCACUUCCCAGAGACUGCUCCCUCUUCCGAUGAGGAGCCAGUGUAUCCUCGCGAGGGAAAACGAAGUUAUAAUUGGUAUCACGGCUCAGUUCCAGGCCCAGACUCAAAGUCGAAGCCAAAGCCAAAGCCAAACCACUUUUAUUUUGAUGCAUACAACUCCCAGAACUGCGGAGACACAGAUGCCUGGACCAAGGCAGACAAAGAAAACUAUGCGGAGUAUGAGUUCCCCAAGUUUCCCAUCGAGGAAAUCCUUGACUCGGAUGUCGAGAGUGACGUGGGCCUUAUGUUGCCUAUUACUCGGUGA